UGGUGGAGUUUUCCCUCUGUAGUCACUUCGAAGAAAAUUUACCAGUUUGUUCUACUGGAAAAAUAUCUGGUUUCACACUUGUGUUGACUCCCUCACUGGAAAAAAAAAAAAAUCUCCGAAGAGUCUUCUCUGGGCAGUGGUUAUAAGGUAAGGAGCAAUGUUCAGAGAAGCUGGCUUAAGAAGCUUAGGAGAGGAUGUUGGUUCGAGGUGGACGAUUGGUAAUCGGAAAUUGGAUGCUAAGAAGACUGUUGCCAAUGCCAAUUCUGGUUAUGGUUUUGGAUUCAAGAGUGCUCCUCCAUUGUCUUCAGUAACUAAACACGCGAGAGGUAAUAACAAUGGUGGUUCAAGUUCAGACAUGGACAUUGCUUCUGAUUCAGAUGAAGAGAUAUUCGAGAGGCAACACUCUCCUCAAGAUUAUAGAAUUCAUGUUGGUUUGCCUCACGUGGCAGCUCAAAAUGGACUUGGACGUAAUGGUGCUAAGGUCUUUGGUGCUGCUGAUGAGUUAUCAGACUCAGCUACAAGCACUGAAGUUUCAUAUGAAGCAGAAGCUUGUGGUGUGCGGAAUAAUAUAUCUUCGCAUAAUGAAUGUGAAAGAAGAAACGUUGAGGCUGGAACUUCAGGAAGGAACCAGAACGGGACUAGCACUUCAACAAGUUCAUUGCCUCGUUUUCCCACCUUUCAUGCGAGUGAGCAAGGUCCAUGGUCUGCGAUGAUUGCCUAUGAAGCAUGUGUCCGGUUAUGUCUUCAUUCAUGGUCAACGGAUAGUGUCAGUGAGGCUUCUUACUUCCUGAACAACGAAUGCACCAUAAUGAGGAAUGCAUUUAGUUUGCAGAGGUUUUUCCUUCAUUCUGAAGAAGAGUUACUGGGAAAGGGACCUUCUGAGUUGGUUACCGAGACAUCUGCUCCAAAAUCUAAGAAGAAUAUUGGAAAAAUUAGACUCCAAGUUCGUAGAAUUAAAAUGGGAUUAGAUCCACCACCUGGUUGUAACAUUGCAACACUGACGGUCUCCAAGGAAAAGCUCGAAGUUGUUCGUCAGCAUAUUGUGGAACUGAAUUCGACUUUAUCUUCUGGAUGGAAAGCAGCGAGGAAAGUUCAUGUCACUCCCCAAGUUCCUCUAAAUGGUUCACUUUCGCGUCAAAGUUUGGCUUACAUGCAGGCUGCUGCUCGCUACCUUAAGCAGGUCUCAAAGGCCGUUAAAAACGAAAUUGUUACGUCUCACACUGGACCGCAAACUUAUGAAGCAGUACAAGAAACAUAUUCAUGUUCAUUGAGGUUAAAGAGCUCUGCUGAAGAUGAUCAAAUUAAGACGCAACCUGGAUCUGGCGAAACGUUUAUUUUCUUACCAGAUAGUCUUGGUGAUGAUUUGAUUAUUGAAGUUCGAGAUUCGAAGGGGCAACUUCUUGGUCGUGUCGUAGCUCAGCUAGCAGCUAUAGCUGAUGAUCCGAGUGAAAAACUGCGAUGGUUGCCAAUAUAUCAUGAACCAGAGCAUGAACUAAUUGGGAGAAUCCAACUUACUUUUAAUUACUCAAGUAGUUUAGAUGAAAAAACUAAGUGUGGGUUGGUGGCCGAAACUUCAGCGUAUGAUCUUGUCCUAGAGGUGGCUAUGAAAGCAGAACGAUUUCAGCGAAGAAAUUUAUUGUUUAAGGGCCCGUGGCAUUGGAUGAUAACUCGAUUUGCAUCCUAUUACGGGGUUUCAGAUGCAUACACUAGAUUAAGAUAUCUUUCUUAUGUCAUGGAUGUCGCAUCGCCUACCAAGGACUGUCUUGAUCUGAUACAUGAUUUUCUAUUCCCUAUUUUAAUGACCAGCAACCACAAGGCUGUAUUGAGUCAUCAAGAGAAUCGAUUACUUGGGGAAAUUGACGAACAAAUUCAGCAGAUUCUUGCUUCAGCAUUUGAGAAUUAUAAAUCACUUGAUGAACUGUCUUUCUCCGGGAUGAAAGAUGUUUUUGAGUCUGCGACGGGGACUCCAGCACCUGCUAUAGAAUCAGCUGUCAAGCUCUAUGGUCUUCUCAACGAUGUAUUAACCCCCGAGGCACAGUUGAAACUCUGCAGAUACUUUCAGGCUGCUUCAAAGAAGAGGUCAAGAAGACAUUUGCUGGAAACAAACGAUUUACUUAACAACCGUAGUGAAGGUGUACCAGUUGAUCCCAUGGCGCUUCCAGCUUCUUAUCAAAAGAUGAAGUCUCUAAUCUUAAGCCUUAAAAAUGAAAUAUCCACUGACAUAGCAAUCCAUAACUGCAAUGUGCUCCCAAGCUUCAUAGACCUUCCAAAUCAUUCAGCGGCAAUAUAUAGUGUUGAUCUCUGCAAUAGGCUCCGGGAAUUUCUUCUCGUAUGGCCUCCUCCUGGACCAUCACCUGCGGUUGUUGAUCUAGUUAUUACAACUGCUGACUUUCAGAGAGAUAUCUCUAGCUGGAACAUAAAUCCUAUUAAAGGUGGCGUUAAUGCCAAGGAGCUUUUCUAUUCAUAUAUCACAACAUGGAUUGAAGAGAAAAGACGAGUUUUAUAUGAACUCUGCAAGCUAGAGACGUCAAAAGCAUGUGGCGAGAUUCCGGGAUUGACUUCUCCUUUUGUCGAUGAGAUGUAUGAGAGACUCAAUGGGACACUUGAUGAAUACGAUAUCAUCAUUAGGCGUUGGCCAGAAUACGCAAUAUCCUUGGAGAAAGUUGUAGCAGACGCAGAGAAGGCAAUAGUUGAAGCCAUGGAGAAACAAUUUACUGAGAUUUUAUCUCCGUUAAAGGAAAGUAAAAUAUUUGGCCUGAAAAUUGUCAAGAAAUUCACCAAAGGCACACCUAAUCCUUAUUCUGUUCCAAACGAGCUUGGAGUUCUUCUCAACUCAAUGAAAAGAGUGCUUGACAUUUUACGCCCGAGUAUAGAGAACCGAUUCAAAUCUUGGAAUUCAUAUAUCCCUGAUGGAGAAAACAGAGUCUUGGGAGAGCGGUUAAGUGAGGUGACAGUAUUGUUAAGAUCCAAAUUCAGAAGUUAUAUGCAAGCGCUUGUGGAGAAACUUGCAGAGAAUACGAGGAUACAAAGUCACAUGAAGCUAAAGAGCAUCAUCCACGACUUAAGGGAAACCACAGCGGAACCGGAUGUUAGAAACAGAAUGACAGCAUUGAAGGAUUUGCUAGACAAAACCAUCGAUCAUCUACACGGUGUUUUCUUACCCGAUGUGUUUGUAUCAAUCUGCAGAGGAAUUUGGGACCGAAUGGGACAGGAUGUGCUUCGUCUUUUGGAGGAUAGGAAAGAUAAUGUGACUUGGCACAAAGGCCCGAGAAUCGCAGUUUCUGUUUUAGAUGAGAUCUUUGCGACACAAAUGCAAAGCUUGCUUGGAAACGGUUUGAAGCCAGAGCACUUGGAGCCACCGAGAUCGAUGAUGGAACUCAGAUCUGCUUCUGUGAGGAGAGAGGAAGUUAUUAGUCUCAUUGCUUUAGCCACCGAAGAAUCUUAUCUAGCGGAGGAGGUUCGUGCCUCCACUGUUGAUUACGGCGUCGGCGAUUCGGUUUCGGAUGUUUAUCGUUGCGCUGUUUGUCUUUACCAUACCACUACUCGUUGCUCUCAGUGCAAAUCUGUUCGUUACUGUUCAAGCAAGUGUCAAAUUCUUCAUUGGCGACGAGGUCAUAAAGAAGAAUGUCGAUCGCCUGAUUACGAUGAAGAAAGGGAGGAGUCUGUUAAAUCUGAUGAUGAUGCAAAAGAGUCGAAUAUGGAUUUUCCAUCUGGUGGGACUGCUUUUGAAUCAUCAGCAGAAAUACCCUCAAAUGUGUCUAUUGAUGUUGCCUGUGAUCUGUCUACAAGUAGGCCUAGUAUUCAUAAAGUGCAAGCCAGAUCUGAAGCUGUGGAUUUCACUAUAAAGGAUAAUCUCUAUGAGACCAGGCCACUUAGUAGGAAGAAAUCACGUAAUCGUACAGACAAGGUUCAAUCAGCGAGAAAUUAUUCCAAAGGAAAGACUGAUGCAAAGCCGCGGAAACUUGGCAAUCAAAAUUCUCGUAGGUCAGGUGAUUCGGCUGAAAUGUCAAUUUCAGAUCAAUUUUUGUCAGUUGAUGAGUAUGAAGAAGAAAUAAAUGCAUUUGGACAUGGAAGAAUUACAUCUGAACCAUCUAGUGCUUCUGCUGCAAUGUCAUCUUCAACUGUUCUCCUACCUUCAAAAGCUAAUAGUAAGCCAAAAUUGUCACAAACUUCAAGUAGUGGAUUGAAAACAUCGGUGCAGAAAGUUGUUCAGCAUUUUAGACCCCCACAGUCGUCAAAAAUGUCUCAACCUUCCAGUUCUAUUGAUGAGAUGAGCUUCUCAUAUGAGUUGUUUAUAAAACUUUAUUGUGAUAGAGUAGAAUUACAGCCAUUUGGCCUUGUGAACUUAGGAAACAGUUGCUAUGCAAAUUCUGUCCUUCAGUGCUUGGCAUUCACUCGGCCACUUAUGUCAUACGUUAUUAGGGGAUUACACUCUAAAACAUGUAGAAAGAAGAGUUGGUGUUUUGUUUGUGAGUUUGAACACUUAAUUUUAAAGGCAAGGGGAGGAGAAUCUCCUCUUUCACCUAUCAAGAUCUUAUCAAAAUUACAAAAGAUUGGGAAGCAUCUUGGCCCUGGAAAAGAAGAAGACGCACACGAGUUUUUAAGGUGUGCUGUUGAGACAAUGCAAUCUGUUUUUCUCAAAGAGGCUCCUGCAGCUGGUCCGUUUGCUGAAGAAACUACUUUAGUAGGCCUUACGUUUGGUGGAUAUCUUCACUCCAAGAUUAAAUGCAUGAAAUGCCUCCACAAAUCUGAGCAAUCGGAGCUGAUGAUGGAUCUAACUGUUGAGAUUGAUGGGGAUAUAGGAAGCCUCGAAGAAGCACUUGCUCAAUUUACAGCAUACGAAGUCCUAGAUGGAGAGAACCGGUACUUCUGUGGCAGAUGUAAAUCUUACCAGAAAGCCAAAAAGAAAUUGAUGAUAUUGGAAGGACCCAAUAUUCUUACUGUUGUGCUAAAACGUUUUCAGUCUGAUAACUUUGGGAAGCUGAGCAAACCCAUCCAUUUUCCAGAGCAUCUCGAUAUUAGCCCGUAUAUGAGUGACCCAAAUCACGGAGAUCAUCCCGUGUAUAGUCUCUACGCAGUGGUGGUCCAUUUGGAUGCUAUGAGCACUUCAUUUUCAGGUCAUUAUGUUUGCUACAUAAAAACCCUUCAAGGAGACUGGUUCAAAAUUGAUGACAGCAAUGUUUUCCCGGUUCAAUUAGAGACAGUAUUACUAGAAGGAGCAUACAUGCUUCUUUAUGCAAGAAAUUCUCCGAGACCGGUGAGCAAGAACGGUGGUCGGAAAUCAAAGGAAAGAAGAAAUUUGGCCGCAAUUCCGUCAAGACACGGCAACAAGAAACAGAGAGACAGUGAUAACAGUUUGUUGCCGCGUGUGGACUGGUCGAGUGGAAGUCUAUCGUCAAUGUUUAGCUCAUCGGACACAACAAGCUCAUGUAGCACAAAAGACUCAUCAGGUAUUGAGAAUUUAUCAGAUUACCUGUUUGGUGGAGUUGAACCGGUUUGUAAACGGGAUCUUCAUGAUUCAUCUGCCUUAACGUUUUAUUGAGAUUUAAUUAAUUUUUUGACUCUGA